AUGCAGUCGAACAACAUCUCGUCGCGAGCCGCCAGCAACCAGAAAAGCAGCGCCUUGCUCAAACUCCCACCAGAACUACGCAACAUCAUCUACCAGUACGUCUUCGAAGUUACCGCUGCAGAUGGACUAGUCGACGUCUUCGCCACCUCUCCACCCGAAGCCACCAUUCUCCAGUGCUGUCGCCAGAUUCACACCGAAUCACACGGUCUUCACCAGCAAAUGGUUCGAAACUACUGGUCCGAGACAAAGUUCGUGGUCCGACCAUCAAUGGAGGAUCAAACGGAUACUCCUCUCCGCGACGAGGACUUGGCGCAUGUUGUCCAGAUCGAAGUCCUGUGUUCCGCCCACAGCGUGGAUACUAGCGAUAGAACCACCGACUCCAUUGGACUCUUCGAACUGCUUCUCGCGUUCCGCGGACCCAUGGACACGCUUUUAGCCUUCAAGCGCGAUGAAUACGGACGCUGGCUAGCCCUUGAUAAGGCCUGGUCAACAGAUCAGUCCCCACGAUAUCUAGGAACUGUUAAGACGCCUGGAUGCUCCAAGAUUUAUUUCGAUCUUAUCGAUGAAGACGAUGCUCCUUUGCGAAAGUGCUUGACGGCCGAGGAAGUCGUGACCAUACGCACGAUUGCGUACGGCUCAUGUAAGCGACGAUGA